CAAACGCGACUAUAGAAAACGAGGCUUCAAUUUUUUUUUUCCCAAAAAAAGGAAAGAAAAUCACUGAAUAAACGAAAAAACACACACAGAGCAGAGUGACUGUGUGAGAUUAGUUUUUGAUGAGCGAAAAAUGGCCCAAAUUCCGUACGAAUUGAUCCGAGAAGUCCAGAUCCGUACCCGGGCAGCGGCGGGGCUGCCCGAUUACGACCCGUCGGACCCUACCCUGCCCGCUCUGCCGCCUCUCUCGGCCACGAUAGCCGCCGCCGCCGCCGCCGAUGCCUCGCCGACGGACCGCCGCUGCCGGAAUUGCAAAGCAUUGCUCCUUAGAGGAUCGGAGUCCAUCGUCUGCUUGUACUGCGGCAUCGGCCCCCAUUACGACGCCGUUCCGGACCCCAUCCGCUUCACCUCCACUGUUGGGUACCAGUGGCUGCUCCGCUCGCUCCAUCUCGAUGGAUCGGAAUUGGUUGAUCCAACCAGUAAAAUUAACCAAGGUAAAGUUCAGAGCUCGCCUAAGGAUUUAACUCCGUUGUCUGCAUUCUUGAACUUUAAGAUACCGUGGCCAGCUGAAAAUGAGAUUAGCUCCAAUAAGAAUUUAGACGAGGGCAAACGAUCCUUGGUUUUGACUGGAGUAGCUCCGGAUAGAUUCUUCUUGAAAUCUAAGAGUAAUGGCGUCUCUGAUACGCCUGUCGAGCAACCAUCUGACCAUAAAUGGGCUGAGGUCGACACUGCAAAAGAUGUUGCAGCUCUUGGCAAUCAAGAUUUGUUUCAUAAUGUUCAAUCAUCCAAGCCAUCUGUCAGCUCUUCCGAGCACACGACUAGCAGAGCUCUUUCUGGAUGGGAGGCGGAUUUUCAAUCUGCUGAUUCGGAAAACCAGCUUGGUGUUCACACGUCAUCUGAGCAUGUCAUAGCUUCCUCAGAAGGUUCUGAAAUUAAAUUUGAUGAUCCGGAAUCCUUUCAGAGUUCCUCGAGUUUGAAUGUUGAUCUUGGUGCUCAGCUCGACUCUGUGUUUGGACCUGGAGAAAGUCUGAAUGCUGGGAAACCAAACGACAGUGCUUCCGUUCCUACAGCAGCUGGUGACUGGAAUUCAGAUGAUAUAUGGAAUAAUCUGGGGUCGAGUACGCCCGAUUUGUCUGGUGGAUUUGAUGCUACUUUCAGCACUAAGAUUGAUCCUCAAGAUGACCAUACACUAGACCACUCAAAAGAUCUUUCUACUAGUGUUGAUUUUGAUUUGUUCCAAGACUUCCAGUCGCAAACGAGCUAUGCAGAUGUUACUAAGAAUAAGGCCGCAAAUGAGGAGCAUACAGCAACGGAUGAGGACGUGUUUGAAGACUGGAAUGAUUUUGCGAGCUCAACCAGCUUACAAGCUCCUCCACAAAAUGCCUGGGCUGGUAGUAGCGAUCAUGUCUCGACUUCUGAAAAUAAGCCCGCAGACGGAGGUUUAUUCAGCUUUGACAAUAAGUUUGAAGGUGACAAGAAUACCCUCGAUACAGAUAUAUUCAGCUUUAACAACAAGUUUGAAGAUGACAAGAAGCCCUUAGAGGGAGAUUUAUUCAGCUUCGACAAUAAGCUUGAACGUGACAACAAGCCCUCAGAGGGAGAUUUAUUCAGCUUCGACAAUAAGUUCGAAGGUGACAAGAAGUCCCCAGAGAGAGAUUUAUUCAGCUUCGACAGUGAUUUUGGAGGAGAUUUUAGCGGCUACUCCCAGCCUAAUCUAUUUUCUACCUCAACCAGCUCUAGCAAUGCUCCUGCAGAAGGCAAAGCUAUGAUGUCAGACGAUCCUGCUUCAAUCUGGUUCAGCGACGUUAGCAGCCCUUCCCUUGAAUCCGUACAAGCUGCAAACAAUGAAGAUGCAUUUGGACAAUCCUCGAAGGAUGGUGUGAAAAUGCUGAUGUCCCAGAUUCACGAUCUCUCCUUCAUGCUUGAGACCGAUCUUUCUAUUCCCUCCGGCUCAGACGACCACAAGCCUGUCUGAAAGAUUGAGAAACUGCAAGAUUCGUGAACUCUUGAACACGUUCGCCAAUUCUGCUGUAUGUUAUCUGGUAUGUUUUUUCGAUUCUGGGACGGUUUUUAUCCUCGAGUCCCAUCUCGUAUACCAUUCUUUUCAUCGGGAGUUAGAAUUCUUCGCGGUUGUCUCGUGUACCUAUCUCACAUUUGGGAAGAAGUAUGUGAUAAUAUGAGCAUUCUCUUCAUUUUUUCUUA